AUGGUCGUCUAUUUUCACCAGGUCAACAUUGCAUAUUCUUCUGGUAUGAUAUUCUCUAUCAUCGAUGAACAUAUGGGAUCUUAUCCUUCUGAAUGUGCUGUGAAAUUCAUAAAGCUAGCUCUCAGCUGUUGCCACGAUGAUACAGACGCCCGACCCUCAAUGGUUGAAGUGGUUAGAGAACUUGAAAGCAUAUGGUUAAUGGUACCAGAAUCUGAUACCAUGAUGUUAGAAUCCAUAGUAUCUGAUGCUGAAAAGGAUUUCACUCCAACAUCUUCGUCCUCUGCACUAAAAACUUCUUAUGUUUCGAACGAUAUUUCUGGCAAUGAUCUUGUCAGUGGAGUCUUUCACACCGUUAGACCUAGGUCUGAGCGUCCCCAUUUCCCUCCGCCCCUGCCUCUACAUGACAAUCUUGAUUUGGGGCCCCUGCCACUGCAUGAGAAUCUUGAUUUGGGACCCAAAUCAAGAUUGUCUUGCAGAGGCAGGGGCGGAGGGAAUUGGGGAUGCCUAGACCUGUCAUCACUCCACCUGCUUUUGCCCCUAGCAAAUUCUCCUCUACUUUUUUGUUUAGACAUUCGCUACAUGUUUGUUUCCUCUCCACUCCAACCUCAGCCUGGUUUCUCAUAA